AUGUCGCGCCUCGCCUCGCUGCAGUCCACGCCGUCAAGGCGUUCGUCGCCUUCUCCCUCGCCAUCUCCGGCGCAGUCACCAAUGCGCCCGACAGAAACGACACACCAUCGAAUGCUGAAGAUGGUCCUUGCUGAGGUCCGGAAUGUCCUCAGUACCUGGGACGACAUUGUGACGCACGACGGGCUGAAAGCGGGAAAGUCGUGCAUUGACGAGGCUACUGAGAUGGAUAAUAUUCUCCUGAACCCGGAGGGUCCGGAACGGGCACUCGUCGGGCCGCAUCUGGAGAGGCUGAUGGAGGCGCGCGAGUCUCUGCAGGGUGUUCUGGUCAAGCUGCUGAAUGGUCUUGCGGACCAAGCAGACCGGUUGUUCUUUGAGGUGUGCAAAACCCAGAAGUACGACUUCGUGUUGUCUGACCCACUGUGGCUGUCAUGGACUUUCGAGGAUUUCGGUAAGCUGUCCUGGGGUCUGAGUACAGCUAACUUCUCAGUAAACUCUCUGUCCCAGCUUGUCUCAGUGCACAACCGGCACUUAGUGGAGAUGGACGGUCUCGCGGCGACGCUGAUGAACCCGUCUACCAAAUUCGAGGACGCGCGCUCAGCGAUUGAGCGGUGGCGUGAUCUUGGCCGUGGCGGUGAGCGCUGGGAAACGGCACGCGAGUGGGAGGAGGUGACUCAGCUCGAGCUUGCGGGGCCGAAUCCGAAGAUGGAGCAAGACACGCCCAAGCGGCGCGGCAAGCGAUGA